GGGAAUAAUGAGAAAAGAAUUAAACACUUGCUAAUAUUUAUUUUAAGAUAUUUUGCAUUUCACAUAAAAAUUUUUUAAUUGUACAAGGACAAUUAAUUACAAAUAUUGGAAUACUUUAGGAUAACAGCAAGCGCACAGUGAACAACUUAAAGCCCAAGAAAUAGUUAAAAACAAUGCGGACAAGCUACAAGAAAAAUCGACCAUUCGAUUUCAAGCUGAUAGAUUUGGUGGAACCCAAUCCAGUGCUAUAUAAAAGAUCUGGGCUUUCAAAUUACGAUGCAAUGAAGGCCAAAACGGAUAUAUGGGCGCGGAUAGCUGAGAUGAUGGGCUGUGAUGUGGACUUCUGCCUGAUGCGCUGGAAUAACCUGCACUACCAAUUCCGCAAAGAGAUCCGUCGGGCGGAUACCAGUGGUUCGACCUGGCCGUAUUUGGAGCGCCUCCGAUUUCUGGGCGAGAGUCAGCCACCAGCGAAGACCAAAUGCAAACAAAAGGUUAGAGAUUCCUCCGGCAAACAGGAGGAUUCCGUUGAGCAGGAAACCCCCGUGCACUUUCUGUGGGAAACCUACGAAGAUGGUGAAGUCACCCAGCAGCCAAGCACCUUCCUUAUCGAGGAGAUCAUCGAGGAGCCCAGCGAGCAGAUCAUCCAGGAGGAAAUCAUCUAUGAGGAGCAGGAAACAGCGCAGAUACUGUCUCCUAAAAGCAGUUUCCUUCAGAUGGACCAGGUCCUUGCCCAACUCAAGGAGCCCCAGCGAAACCGGGCGGAACGUAGGAUCACAGCAUUUCUGCUCAAGUGCCAAUUGUGUGCUCUGAGUAAUCAGUCCACGAGUGAUCUGGUCAUAUAGCUUUUACUUUACACACUCUCAACUUUAUUAAAAAACAAAUAAAAACUAAAAUUACACCUUGUCCA